CACCCGACGGCAGCGGACUUUGAAAAUGCUGGGGCGGCGGACGGGGCGGACUCCCCGACUGCCGCGGUGAUAGCGCGACGACCGAACCUCACCAGACCAGCGAGGGGCAGCGUGACGGGUUUUGUACAACAGAACGCGUCGCAGGAGUCGCGUUCGUCAAAGGGCCCUUGAAUGGCGCCAUACCGGGUGGCGACCAUCCAUAUCAACCACACAGCGAAUCACGUCCUAAUGCAGCAACAGAGUUGGCGGCUGCGCCGGUAUGCGAUCCGGCGCGAUGGAAUAUGUAGGCACAGGGGAGUGCACAAGCGGUUUGACACCAACGCUCACGAAACACCAUGAGGUGAUCCAGCACAACUUUGAGCAAUCUGACCUUGCUGCCUGCUGACAAUUGCUUGCGAGCUCUAUUGACUACUCAUUCUGCUGCAGGAAGAUGUAGCGUGCUACUUCCUAUUCCAUCUCUAUACCAUAGCCAUGUCUACGCCGGCCGCAGACACCACAAACGACGCGUCGCCACUUCUUUCGCCCGCUUCAGGAAGUGACACCAAGAGCUAUGCAUCUGUCUCGGACCUUGAGCAUCAUGAACCAUCUGCGUACGAGCCAAAGCCGGCACCCUCGAAUCUCGAAGCAGAUGUGCUCCCGGAGACGAGCGCGUUGGGACGAAACUUGACUUGGAGCAGCGCUUAUAUUCUGACUAUCAGUCGUGUGCUCGGGUCUGGUAUAUUUGCCACUCCGGGAGUGAUCUUCGCUUCAGUCGGCUCUACAGGGCUCAGCUUGACACUAUGGAUUGUCGGCGCUGUGCUGGCGUAUUUCGGCCUUGCCGUGUCUCUGGAAUACGGCUGUAUGUUGCCCCGGAGUGGUGGCGAGAAGGUUUACCUCGAAUUCACGUACAGAAAACCCAAGUACCUGGUCACGGUCCUCAUUGCCACACAAGCUAUUCUUCUGGGCUUCACAGCAAGCAACUGCAUAGUCUUUGCACAGUACACGCUCUUCGCAUUGGGCGUGGAAGGAACGGAUUCCAUCAAGCAAACGCUCGCAGUCGGUCUGAUAACAUGGGUCACUGUAGUACAUGCAGUCUUCAUGAAGGCUGGCAUUCGCAUUCAGAACUUUCUUGGUUGGAUCAAGAUUGGUCUGAUCGUCUUCAUGAUCUUGAGCGGCCUAUUUGUCGUCCUUUUCAAACGCGAAGAACAGCUCCCCAGCAAUGUGCCGGCAACAUUCGCAAAGACUGAAGAUCUCGACUGGACUUGGGCUGGCCUAUGGCAAGGCAGCAUUUGGUCGUGGGGCGCAAUUGCAACCUCGAUCCUCAAGGUUUUCUACUCCUUUGCUGGAUUGAACAACGUCAACAAUGUGCUCAAUGAAGUGAAAGAUCCGGUCCGCACCUUGAGAUCAGUAGCGUUUACUGCACUGGCAACCGCUUGCGGCAUGUACUUGCUAGUCAAUGUGGCAUAUUUCAUGGUUGUUCCAUUGGACGAAAUCAGAGGCAGCGGUGAACUGAUCGCAGCAAUUUAUUUCGAGAGAGUCUUCGGCACCGCAGUGGGAAGACGCAUUCUACCACUCAUGGUAGCAUUGAGCGCUGUGGGCAACGUUAUGGUAGUAACAUUUGCCCACUCUCGGCUGAAUCAGGAAAUCGCAAGAACUGGCUUGAUGCCAUGGUCACGGAUGCUCUCUUCAAACGCGCCAUUUGGCUCACCACUUGGUGGCCUGAUCAUAAACUAUGUUCCGUCCAUUUCUGUCCUCACGAUUCCGACAGGGGAUGUCUACUCCUUCAUCCUGGAAGUUGAAGGAUAUCCAGGGCAGAUUAUCGCCUUUGCGACAGCCUUUGGACUUUUAUGGCUUCGUCUACGGAGGCCCGACAUUCAUCGACCUUACAAGGCUUGGGUCCCUGGGGUGCUUAUAAGAAUGGCCAUUGCGCUUGCACUCCUAGCAGCGCCCUUCUUUCCUAGCGAGAAGCAACGAGAAAAGGGCUUGAUUGGAAGCGCAGCAUACGCUCUUGUUGGCAUCGCAAUACUGGUGUUUGGUACGCUAUACUGGUACUUGUUCGCUGAAGUGGUGCCCAGAUGGAGAGGCUACAAGCUUGAAGACAGGACAGAGAGUUUGGAUGAUGGGACGACAAUCACAACUAUUGCUCACGUUGCGAUCUGAGUUCAGGCAGACAGCAUUGGCCUUCACGACUAUACAGCUAGAGGCAGAAGUGAUUGUGCAAGCUCGUGCGACCUUGCCAUAAUGCUGGCAGCAUGUUAACGAGAGCCGGCAUGCCACUGCUCGGAGCCGGUGGCAGUGUGCUGCGGCCAUCCUUCAAAGCAUGGGUUCUCGGGGUAUCAGGAGACUCGUAGAGUGAUGCCCCUCCGCCUUGGAAUGGCAGCGGGGCGUUGAGGAGUAACACCAGGG